UGCUGAACGUCUGGGAGAGGCUUUGUUGCCGCCGCUCUCGCUCAGGCCUCCGCCGCUGCAGCCCCCGCCCUGCCGUGCGCUGCUGCUGCCAUCGCCGCUGCCACCUCCGCCACCCGGGCCUCGGUCGCUGCCACCCAAGCAUCCGUGAGUCAUUUUCUGCCCCUCUCCGGGCGCGCGAUCUCUGAUAGUCGCCACCGUAAAGAGAUUUGCAGGCUUGCAAGAUGGCAGACGCAGAUCCUAAAAUGGUCUCGGAAUCUGCCGCCGAGGGGAAUGCUGAAGAGGAGGAGAUGGCUAGCUCGUCUAGUGAUUCUGGGGAAGAAUCUGAGAGCACUAUCUCUGAAAGCAGUGGCUCUGAGAGCACUAGUUGCAGCAGCAGCUGCAGCGGCAGCAGCAGCGGCAGCCGCAGCAACAGCCGCAACCGCUUAUAUAGAAACAACAGGGCACCUGCGCCAUUCAGAAGGGCCCCGCGGCCUGCGCGUGGUGCAAGUUUCCUGGAUUCGCUGCCUCAGGCAGUUAGAAGUCGUGUGCAGGCGCUCAGAAAUAUUCAAGAAGAAUUUGACAAGGUAGACUCCGUAUUCUUAAAGGCAAUUCAUGAUCUUGAGAGAAAAUAUGCUGAAAUCAAUAAGCCUCUGAAUGAUAGGCGAUAUAAAAUCGGCAAAGCAAAAUAUAAGCUUACAAGAAAAGAAUAUGAACGUAAUUCAGAGAAGCUCCGCAGUGAUGAGGACGUGCAGGAUGACGGCCCUAGUGAGAUGCCUCCCUUAGAGGGUGAGGAAGAAGACCCUAAACAAAAACCUCGGGUGAAGGCUGAAAAGAAGGAAGUUCGUAAAAAAAUUCCUGAGGUAAAGGCUGAAAAAAAAGCAAAUUCUAAAGAUUGUAUGGCGGUGACACCUGAAGUAAAAGAAGGUCGUAAAGGAGUCCCCCAGGCAAAGGCAGAAGAUAAACAGCCUAAAGCAAGAGAGGUUAAGGCAAUGGCUACAGUAAAGGAGGCUCGUAAAAGAGUUCCUGAGGAAACGCUUCAGGAAACAGUGAAUCUUAAAAGAGCUAGGAAGGAAAAGCCAGGAACACAAGAUCCUAAACGCAUUCCUCACUAUUGGCUGACUGUUUUAAAGAAGGUUGAGAAGCUCGGGCCUAUGAUUCAGAAGUAUGAUGAGCCCAUUCUGAAGUUCUUGUCUAAUGUUACCCUGAGGUUCUCAAAACCUGGCCAGCCUAUUAGUUACACCUUUGCAUUUCAUUUUCUGCGCAAUCCAUAUUUCAGAAAUGAGGUGCUGCUGAAGACAUAUUUUAUAAAGUCAAAACCAGAUCACAACAAUCCCUCCUCUUGUGGAUGGGAAAUUGAAGAUUGCAAAGGCUGCAAGAUAGACUGGAGAAGAGGAAAGGAUGUUACCAUGACAACCACCCAGAGCCGCACAGCUGCCACUGGAGAAAUUGAAAUCCAGCCAAGAGUGGUUCGUAAUGCAUCAUUCUUUAAUUUCUUUAGUCCUCCUGAGAUUCCUAAGAUCGGAAAGCUGGAACCACGAGAAGAUGCUAUCCUUGAUGAGGACUUUCAAAUUGGUCAAAUUUUACGUGGUAAGAUCAUCCUGAAAUCAAUGUAUUAGCAUACAGGUGAAGUCAAUGGCACCUACUAUCAAGAUGGCAGAGAUUAGGGAAACAGGAAAUAUCAAAAAUAAAAAAGAUGUUGAAAGAUUUUUCAAGAAUCUUAAAAAUUCAAGAAGUGAAGCAAGUUCAUAUAGCCUUGAAAAAAGAAAAAGAAGAAAACCUGCCAUAUAAUAACCUGAAUGCUAUUAUUCCUUACAAUCUCGUGUUUUCGUAGUUUCUUGGUAGUCUAGUUUAAAAAAAAUUGUGCUAAAAAGUGUCUUAGUUUAUUCUAUCUAGCCUAUUGUAGUGUAAUAUUCAAAAUACAUAAGCUGUUGUCAGUGAUCUAAAGCAUGUCAGUUUAGUGCUACAGAGUGUUGAUUUUUGUGAAGUUCUUUUGUCAUGUUCUUAUUAGAUUGUAGCUGUGAAAACUGUCAGAAUUGUUAACUGAGACAAAUAUUUGCUUGAAAAAAAAAAAACAAAGUUUAUGAAGUAGCAAUGUAAGUGUUUUUUUUUCCUUUUUCCAGCC